AUGUCAAAUCAAAUUCUAUGUUCAUCAAAUGAAUCAUCAACAAUAAUAAAUAAUUUAACUCCACCAAUUCGUCGAGUUACAAAUGAUUUAUUAUCAUCAUCAUCAAUUCCACCAUUAGAUAAUAUUAAUUCAAAUGAACAAAUAAAUUUAACACGUCCAUCAUUAUCAUUACGAAAACUUCAAAAAAGUUCUUUUCAUUUUGUUAAACAAACAAUAGAGAAAACGAAUCAAUCAUCAUCAUCAUCAUCAUCAUCAACUAUUUUACGUGAACAUUCAACAAGUUCAAUAAGUUCUUUAUCAAAAUCAUCAAAUUAUGAUUCAUUAAGAUCUUUUUCUCCAAAUUCUUCUGUUCAUCAAGAUGAUGAAGAUGAUGAUGAUGAUGGAAGUAGUAGUGAUGAUAUUAAUCAUCAAUGGAAUUUAAAUCAAUUAGCAUCACAAAUAUCAAUAAGACAAUUGAUGACAAAUGAUUCCUUAUCAUUAUCUGAUGCUGAACCAAUCAAUGUAAUUCCAAUGAGUGAAUGUAAAAUCUGUCUUGAAGAAUCAUCAAUCGAACGUUUAUCUUGUUGUUCAUCGUUUAUUUGUUCUAAAUGUAUUUAUUUACAUUUAUCAACAAAUAUAAUUGAUGGUCGUAUACGUUUAAUUUGUCCAUCAUGUCCACAUAUAUUUACUCGUGAAGAAAUUUUAUCAUUAUUAUCAUUAAAUGAUCCUAAUGGAAAUAUCUCUGAACGAUAUAAACGUUUUUAUGCUGAUAUUAAUCGUGAAUCACAUAUAAAAACAUGUCCAAAAUGUUGUUCAAUAAAAGAAAUAGAUAAAAAUUUAUUUGAAGGUGUUCGUUGGAAAAGAAAUAUUCCACGAAAAGUUCUUUGUAAUGAAUGUCAAUUUGAAUGGUGUUUUUAUUGUCAUUCACCAUGGCAUGAAAAAAUGUCUUGUAAAGAAUAUCAACAAGGAGAAAAAAUGCUUAGAUCAUGGGCACAACAAAUUGAUCAAAAUCAACAUAAUGCACAAAAAUGUCCAAGAUGUAAAGUUUAUAUAUCACGAAAUGGUGGUUGUCCACAUAUGAUUUGUUCCAAAUGUCAAUGUGAUUUUUGUUAUAAUUGUGGACGAAGAAGAUUAGGUUUAAAAUUUUUUGGUUCACAUGAAAGUCGUUAUUCUCCAUUGGGUUGUAAAUAUAAUUUAUAUCCUGAUAAACCAAUAUUACGUCAUACAGUUCGUGGAUUAGUUGUUGGUGCAGCAACAUUAGCAAUACCAGUUGCAGCUGUUGGUGCAAUAGCAAUGUUAGCUGUUGGAACAACAAUUGGUGCACCAACUUAUGGAACAUAUCGUUUAGUUAAACAUAUUCGAUCAAAACGACAAGAUCGUCGUCGAAGACAAUAUAUGGAAACAAUAUCAAGACAAUGGACAACGAGUGAUAGUCUUUCAACUUAUAUUAAUACAAUUGAUGAAAGAAAUACAGAAAUUGAUGAGAUUGAAAAAGCUAUUCAAGCAAGUUUAAUUACUUAUAGAAAUGAAAUUUCGAAAAGAGAACAAAGAGAAGUUACACCAUAUCCAAUUAGACGUUUUAGUCAUUCAAAUCAUCAUGAUAACGAUGAUAACGAUGAUGAAGAUGAUGAUGAUAGUUUUGAUGAUUAA